CAACCCGGGUACAUACUGAAUCUUAAGCCAAGAAGCGUCGAGGCGGGCGGGCGGGCGAGCCAGAAAGAGACGCCGAGGCGGCGGCAGCAACAUGUAGCCCGGCCCAGACGACGCCUGCUCAUCUUCUCGGGCUGCGCGGACUUACUCCUGCAACAUGACGCCCGGGCGGGGACCGCCGGGACGCCGACUGGUCGACGCGUGUCCGGCGGAGGGAUGACGGACGGAUGGAGUGAGAGAGCAGCGCCAGGAGCAGCAGGAGGAGGAGGAGGAGACCGAGAAGAGCCUCGCUCGCACUGGUCCGGCGGCCUCAGCAGGUGAAAGGCGGCGAGCAUCCCCACCCGUGAAGCGGCGCCAGGCCUCCCCCGCCAAAGCCGAACGGCCCUCCGGCCCCGCCCGUCCCCCAUGGCGGCGCCACGGCCGGCCUCUCGCCUGUCGCUGCUGUUGGCGUUCCUGGCCUGCGCGGGGCCGGCGCGGCCCUCGCCCCCCUUGCUGCUGCGGCCCCGGGAGAGAGAGAGGGACUCGGGUGGCGUCAACAUCGCCGUGGUCCACUCUGGCUCCUCCCUGCUCCCGGAGACGACAACGGCGGGGGGCGGAGAGCCGGGCCCCGCCGAAAGGGCGGUGACCGACACGGCCUCCCUGGCGGCGGUGGCGGCGGCGUCUUCGCUAGCGGCGCUGGUCGGGGAGGCGGUGAUGACGCCGUCCGGGCCGGCCAACGUGAUUUACUUGGCGGUCAACGAGAGCAGCCCGGGGAGCCUCCUGCUGCAGCUGUGCGAGCUGCUUGCCACCACCCCGUUGCAGGGUUUGGUGUUUGAGGAAGAGCGGCCGCCGCCCCCCAACCGGGCCCCGCUGGCCCCCAUGCUGGAGUUCAUCUCGGCCCAGACGGGCGUUCCCGUGGUGGCGGUGGGCGGGGGCGCCAGCCUGGGACGGGAGCCGCAGGAGAGCGGCUCCAUCUACCUGCAGUUCACGUGCUCCACGGCGCUGCAGCUGGAGGUCAUCUUCGAGGUGCUGGAGGAGUACGACUGGACGUCCUUCUCGGUGGUGACCACGCGCCACCACGGCUACCAGGAUUUCCUGGACAUGGUGGAGGGCAUGACCGACGGCUCCUUCAUCGGCUGGGAGAGGAAAAGCGUGGUGGUCCUCAACGUCACCGACGACCCCGGCGGCGCUCGCACCAAACGUGUGCUCAAGGACAACGAGGCGCAGGUGCGUCUGCUGUACUGCUCGCUGGAGGAGGCGGAGCUAGUAUUCCGCGCCGCCUGGGCCUCGGGUCAGGCUGGUCCCAGUCACAUGUGGUUCGCCGUGGGCCCCGCGUUGGCCGGUUUGGGUCUGGAGGGGCUGCCCAAGGCCUUGUUCUCCAUCCGGCCGCAGGGGUGGAGGGACGAGCCACGCAGGCGCAUCGCCAAGGGCGUCUCGGUGCUGACCCACGGUGCCAUGGCGCUGCGGCGGGACCAAGGCGGCACCGGCCGGGCUCACUACGCCGGAAACUGUCACAGCGACGGCAACCAGACGCAGCGAAUGCUCGACAAAAUCAGGUACUUCACCAACAUCUCAAUCGGGGGCCGCGACUACUCCUUCAACGAUGACGGCUAUCUGUCUAAUCCACUGCUGGACGUCAUCUCGUACAACAACGGGCGCGGCUGGGAGGAGGUGGGCUGGUGGGAGAACGGGCACUUGCGUCUGCGCUACCACCCGUGGUCCCGCUAUGGCUCCUUCCUGAAGCCGCUGGACGACGCGCAGCACUUGCGGGUGGUGACGCUGGAGGAGCGACCCUUCGUCAUCGUGGAGCCCGCCGACCCGGGCACUAGCUCCUGCAUUCGGGACUCGGUGCCCUGCCGGAUGCCCCUCAAUUCCAGCCUCGUUGUGGAAGGCACAUCUCCCAUGAAGCAUUGCUGCAAAGGUUUCUGCAUCGACGUUCUCAAGAGGUUGGCCAAGAUAGUCGGCUUCACCUACGAUCUCUACCUGGUCACCAACGGACGCCACGGGAAGAACAUUGAUGGCGAGUGGAACGGCAUGGUGGGUGAGGUGGUGUCUAGUAGGGCGGACAUGGCCAUUGGCUCGCUCACCAUCAACGAGGAGCGAUCGGAGGUGGUGGAGUUUUCUGUGCCCUUCGUGGAGACGGGCAUUAGCGUCAUGGUUUCUCGCAGCAACGGCACCGUCUCGCCUUCCGCCUUUCUCGAACCAUACAGCCCGGCCGUGUGGGUGAUGAUGUUCGUGAUGUGCCUGUCGGUGGUGGCCGUCACCGUCUUCAUCUUCGAGUUCUUCAGUCCGGUCGGGUACAACCGAAGCCUGCAGAGCGCCAAAAAGUCGGGCGGGUCCAAGUUCACCAUCGGCAAGUCGGUUUGGCUUCUGUGGGCGUUGGUCUUCAACAACUCCGUGCCUGUGGAGAACCCCCGAGGAACCACCAGCAAGAUCAUGGUUCUGGUGUGGGCCUUCUUCGCCGUCAUCUUCUUGGCGUCCUACACUGCCAACCUGGCCGCCUUCAUGAUCCAAGAGGAGUACAUCGAUACUGUGUCGGGACUCUCCGACAAGAAGUUCCAGCAGCCCACGGAGCAGUACCCGCCCCUACGCUUCGGCACGGUUCCCAAUGGCAGCACAGAGGAGAACAUCCGCUCAAACUAUCCCAACAUGCACCAGUACAUGAUCCGCAACAACCAGAAGGGCGUGGAGGAGGCCAUCGACAACCUGAAGACGGGGAAACUGGAUGCUUUUAUCUACGAUGCCGCCGUGCUCAACUAUAUGGCUAGGAAGGAUGAAGGCUGCAAGGUGAUGACGAUCGGUUCCGGCAAAGUCUUCGCCACCACCGGCUACGGCAUCGCUCUGCACAAGAACUCCAGAUGGAAGAGACCGCUGGACCUGGCGCUGUUGCAGCUAGUGGGAGAUGAUGAGAUCGACAUGUUGGAGCGCCUUUGGCUGUCGGGGAUCUGCCACAAUGACAAGAUUGAGGUGAUGAGCAGCAAGCUGGACAUCGACAACAUGGCGGGCGUCUUUUACAUGUUGCUGGUGGCCAUGGGCCUCAGUUUGCUGGUCUUCGCCUGGGAGCAUCUGGUGUACUGGAAGCUACGACACUGCAUCAAGCGCUCCGGUGGAGGCAUGGACUUCCUCCUGGCGCUCAGCAGGGGCAUGUACAGCUGCUGUCAGUUCGAGGACGAGACGGCGCCAGGAAGCGGUAAGAGUUCCCUGCCGCAGUACCACACGGUGCCCACUGUGGCCCAGCAGCACUUGGUGACCGCCACAGUCAACAACACCACCGCCAUCGCCAUGGUGCAACAGCAGCCGCCAGCCAAGCACGUCCCCAAGCAGCCGCAGGGUCAGACGUAUAGCGCCAUGCUGCCGGGGUCGCCGCCACCUGCAGGUCAUUCCGCCGUGGCGCCGGGACGCUCCAACAGCCCCAUCUUCGAAGGCCCCAUGCCUUGCUCCACUUUCCUGCCUCGCCACGACCGCAGAUUGGCCGUGGUGGAUCGCUGGAACAGGCCCAAGCCAGAGAAGGUCUUGAGUGGCGGAAGCGGUGCCAGUCUGGGGAUAGGGGGAAUCGCGGGGGGCAUCACGGAACUCCAGGCCCAGCAACAGUACCAGCAGAACUUGGGGCAGCACUGGAAACUGAAAGGAGUGGGCGACAACAGUUUGGACGAGUACAAACGGUACUAUGGACCUAUAGAUCCGGAGGGGCUUGGAGCUAACUCGGAUCAACAGAUCGGAGGGAGCCAACAGACUCCCAAAAGUAAUUCCAGAGGCCCCAAGGCCACCGGAAUGUUGAGGCCGCUUCCUAAAGGCCCCGGACUCUUAAUAGGUAAACCGCCACCUCCGAUGCCGUCCUCACCACGAAGGCCUCCUUUCUGGCGGCGUGGAAGUCUUGCUCAGGCGAGGAGGAAGAGCUCAGGGGUACCUCUGUAUGAGAACAUCCUCCCCCUGGGGCGAAGAGGAGGUGGCCGGUACGGAGCAAGUGAUCUCAUGGGAAGGAGAGGGCGCCGUCCACCACCACUGCCCCCUAUGCCAGUCCCCCUUUCUUCCCCGACGCAUACCCCAACCACGCCCUCUUCUCCAUGCCGCUUCUACUCCACCUGCUCCAGUGCCUCCUCAUCAUCCUCUUCCUCCACAUCUUCCUCGUCCUCAUCUUCGUCCUCCGUCUCAGUCUCCCGCUCCAAUUCUCCUUCCUCCUGCUCCAGCGACAGCUCUUACAACUCCUCCUUAAGUUUCCGGUAUCGCGCAGGAGACCGGGAAUUUACAGCGGAAGACGACUACGACUCCGAUCUGCUCACGGAAGAGUCCAGUCUCCUCCUAGGCUCGCGCCGGAAGGUGCGCUCCCGUCGCAUGUCGUCACGCUCGCUGCCCUGCAGUCCACCGCCUCCGCCAGUCCCGCCGCGAAAGCCGCGUCCACAGAGGGACGACGGGCGAGAAAGGAGGAGCAGCCAGCUGGCGCAGUUGCAGGAGUGGUGGGCAUCGUGGGGCGACAGGGAAAGGGGGAAGUCAGGGAAAACCAGCCUCGGAGAUUUAAGAGAUGACAAAAGGCAUCGUAAAGAGAGGGAACGUGAGAAUAAGAGGAGGAAGAAGGGGAGAAAAAAGAAGAAGAGGGAGGAACGAGAGCGGGAGAGAGAACGAAAGCGGCGUAAAGCAAAAAAGAAAAAGAAGGAUGAAAAGUUAAAGAGAAAGGAAAGAAAGAAGUCUGAGCAGGAGGGGCGAGAUUCUGAGAAGCGAGAGGAGGGAAAACCAGGAACACCGGAUUACCCAUCCUACCUUCACCUGAGGAGGGAAUCUUUCCGAAAGAAGAGCGAGAGCUCUAUAAGGAGUUACGGAUGGAACAUUCCACCUGAAGACAACAGGAAAGAUCGUGAAGAAAAAGAGGAUGGCGAGGACAUUCGAGGGAAAGAAAGACAAGAUAGACGUAGGAACAGCAAACACUAUCAGUCCUCCAGCAAUAAGCCGUCCACAUCUGUCAAGUUCUGGGCAGGCAACCUGUCCUCCGACACCAUCCCGUCAGCCUUCCUGCCCCUCUUGCCCGUCUCUUCCAAGAGGAGGAAGAGCAAAAGCUCGGACAGGGGUACCGUGGGAAUAGAAGGAGAGAGGAAACCGCUGCUGGGCCGAACCGGGAGAGGCGAGAUGCCCUCCAAGGAAGGAAUAUCUUUCCAUGAAUGGGAGUCGGACCUGGAGGAAGAUGAAGAGUCUGAGCGAGAGCAAAGGAAAGGCGAGCGCGCUAAGAGGCAGAGCAGGACAAUCUCCGACGAGGACAGAGACCGGGAUAAGGUCGUCGGGAUAUAUUCGGACGACGAGGGCUCCUCGGGAGAGUUUGGCAAGUUUGAGAGGUACUGGGAAGAUCAUGACGGCAGAUCUGUGGGCGGGAUCGGUGGAGGCGGCUGGUUUUUUAGUACCUACCCCUCCAGGGACAAAGCAGGUAGCAUCAACAGCAGAGAUGAUUUGUUCUUAGAACGAGGGGACAGGUGGGGGACCGGAGAAAGCGGCUGGGGUUGGGGGUCGGGGUCCCACUGGCCGCCCUCUCCACUCACGCCACCCCCGCCUCGUCGCUAUUGGUCCGUGGACAAACUUCACAUCCAGGAUGAGAAGAAGAAGCGCAGAUCAAAGGACAAAGCGAGAGGGCGCACAGCUUGUUCUUCCUGCCAGUCCCCCCGACACCACCCGCAUUCUUCCAAGUGGGCCGGCGUCACCUCACGCAGCCAAGAAGAGCUUUUCCGCCACUGCCAGAGUUUAGCCAGCACCUCGAAGCCCAAACACGACUCCUCCUCUUCCUCCAAGCCGGAUCGCUCGCAGAAUCCCUCCAAAUCCGGAAGUCAGUCCAAUCUUAGUGUCCAGCAGCGAACUCAGAGAUCGGACAGAGGGAGACUUCCUUCCCCGCCUUCCGCCCUCGUUCCCAAUUUGCCUGCCCCACUUCCCGCCCUUCCAGCUCCCCCAUCCUCGGCUCACCCCGUCCACGCUCCCCCGCUGACCUCAUCCUCUUCGGUGUCCUCUCCCUCGGUGGUGUCGUCCACCCCUGGUGCCCCUCAGCCUUCCUCCGUGGCAAGUGCCAAAUUACAGUACCAGAGGCUGCGCUCGGUACCUCCACCCCAGAGGUACCCUCAGUCUCCUCACGGGCCUCUUAAAUCCAAGAACCUCUGUUCUCGAAGGGGCUCGGCCCAUUUCUCCAGCGUGGAGAGUGAGGUCUGACGUCGGAGGCCGUUGAGUCCUUUCCCCCCCCCCGAGGCUCUGCACAAAGCGACCGCGCAGCCAAACAAACUCGACACGAGCCGUUCGGAGAAAUGCCCGCUUGUUUCUUCCCACGGAAACAUUUAGCAUCGGAUGCGGGGCAAUCAAUCUUCUAGGCUGAAGGACGCUCCUUUGCUACAGACAGUAAAGGGCUUCUGGUGUAGGAGCAGAGGAGCAAUUUGUAUUCAUCAUGCGUUCUGAGGGCUCAGGAACUUUGUCGUACGCCUGCUGCUCCUGCAAGCCUUUAGCACUCCAACCCUCUUCUUUUCCCCUUCAGCAAAUGGCUUUUCCCAAAAGAACUGUUUACAUCCCCGCAGAACUGUGACGCCCAGCACGGGCACCUUCCUCACGUACGAUCAAAAGGGUUUGGCGUGACAGGAAGCUAACGUGGCAUUUUUUUGUGUUCUCGUCCCUCCGGAACCUUCUCUAGCUUUCCUCUUCUACUCGAUGCGCUUCUCGUGUGUCUGUGCUUUUCCGUCUUUGUAUUCUUGACAACAGGGUAAGUCAACUGUGACUGACAUUCUGCCGGCUUAAUGAAAAGCUGAGUGCCAAACUCCACAUCUAUUUGUACCCCGUUAGCUGCCCGCUACCCCGUCACACGCACACUAAAGGGCACACAAACGCUCAUGCGCUAGGACAAAUGUCCUUUUUUGGUUUUUGUUUCCAGAGCAAUACAUCGUUGGGUUUUUCCACGCCUUUGCGUUACUCCUGUGUUGUUGUCGUCGUCGUCGUUAUAGAUGUUGAUCUAUAUAAAUCUAUAUAUCGAGAAAUGUAUCGAGUCUAAUACGAUGUAAGCACUGUGCCAUACGACCCGUGGAACAUUCCGCCGACUACCUACCGCAAGAAAGGCCCUCCCUCGCCCCUCCUCACGUUGACUGAAUGUAAAGUGGACGCUGAAUAUGUUCAAUGAUGGUGAUGCGGUAUGGACUUGCGUGUAACCUGAAUGAGGUACGUUUAUUUCGAGAGACCACUCCCCCAAAAUGUCCUUAACAAAAAACUAAACCCUUAACCAUACCUAUUGCAUCUAAGCUUACUCCUAAAGCUGAACCAAACCAUCGAACCUAAAACCUACACCUGAACCCUCAUCUAAAGCCUAUUGCAAAUGCUAUAUCAUAAUCACAACCCUAACUGCAGCCCUCAGCCCAAUCUCCAACCUUAAAUGUGUCAUCCCUACCCUUAUACCCUCACCUUUGACCCUAACUCUCGGCCAGUGAUUCUCAACUGGUGGGUCGAGUGUAGCCAUCUUAUGUGGGUCACUAGCUAGGGUUGUCCUGAUCAUAUUUUUGCGCUAGACUUCAAGUCACCUGAUUUUGCAGAUCUGCAUGUAGAGUUGGGUAGAUUGUUGUUCCCUUUCAGACUAUAAAUAUAAGAAAAUAUAAACUAUUUUAUAUAUUUUUUCAGACGACUGCACAGCCGUGUAUUUUAAUUGGUAUCGGUUGCCAAAAAUUGUUAUCGGAACAACACUAGUUAGGUCACGUGAAAUAUUUUUUCAGAACGCGGGUCCCAACAGUUGAGAGCCAAUGCCCUGAUCCCUUAACCCGAACCAUUGAGAAGGUUUUGAAAUGAAACCCCGUCCAAGCGUUAUCAUCGCAAGCAUGCUUAUUAGCGUCUCUUUUGCUAGCUGGUGCUACACGUGCUAGUCCAAGCCACAGCUGGUCGGUUGCAAGGAGUCUGCGUUUAUAAUCGAUUCGGAUAAGCCAAGUGCCGUUCUGAUGUCAAAAGAGACAGUGCCUACGUUGGAUGCUAGCUAGCGGCGGCCGGAAUGUGUAGCGCGGCGGCAGAGCCUCCUGUCGUGCAUUUUCUAAACCCUUUCUCACCUUAGAAACAAGCAGUUUUCAACCCGCCAGCGAGCUGACACCAGCAGCUAUACUCCAGAAGCAAAUAAGAAGAAUCCGCGCUAGCCAUCGACCUUUAGCAUCGACGGACACGAGCGGAGCGCCUACGCGGUCGUCUUAAGCGUCACAAUUUCAGCUUGCCUGAAACUGCAUCUGAGCCAUUAUUUACUCCCAACCGAAAGAGACUUUAGGUUUUUUGAAAAACAUUUCAAAGAGUCGAUCUGCCUUUUCGCUAACGAGCUAAAGCUACUUCUAUAUCCGUACAUACAUGUCACAUACGUGUUUGUGCCAGUGAGUUGCGAAACAAUCUCGUUUUACGCUUAUGGUUUCUUGAAUGACGGAACAUGCAGACCUCCGCCAAAGCUUGGAGAUGAAAUCUUUCAGUGCCAUUGACGGUGAUUGACGUCCAAACGUGGUUUCUAAAAACUGAAUUAGAACUCUUUUAAAUGAGUUUAACACUAGUAGACGUCCAAUCCAUUUGAAAUGGGAAUGUAGCACUGUCAAGCCUUCCACUUUAAAUGUAUUGGACGUCGAGCAUCCUCAAUGUCAACCCACAAGUUAAAUGUCUUGGCGUAGCCGACAGACAUCACUUCCUUGGCGGAGGUAACUGAAAGAACCCGAUAGUACGAGUUAGAUCAUUUGUGUUGGCUGGUCUCGUUUCUCAUCACGGUGUCUUCUGCUUGUGCGGCUUUCACAAAAAAAAAAAGAAGAAGAAUCCAUGUGUAAUAUGUGUUGCUCUAAAUAUCUAAGAUCUAUAUUUAAGUCUUAUCUGCUCUAAGUUGGACUCUUCUGUGUCUUUUGUCCUCGUCCAGACCUCCCGAGCCCCCCCUGCUGACAUAACCGCUCUCGCUCGCCAACGCCGAGGUCCCGCCCGGCGGGGGGUGGGGCCAGGGGACGGGGCUAGGGGGCUGCGCCAGUGUCUUAUGACCGUGUCACUGUAGCGGUGGUGGCAAGCGUUUGUCUACCUAGAGGGGCCUUUUUUCUCUUCGCUUUUCGGCCUACGCGUGACAUCGCGGACACGCUGCUUUACACGCGCUCUCAUGUGUGUGUGCUUGCGUGGUUGUGUGUGUACGAGACCCCAUUGUGGGGUCUUUCUGACGCCAUGUAGCAAGCAGGCUUCUCGAGGAUGGUGGUGAAGGGCUUGGGUGGGAAAAUUCCAAUGUGGAAGUAUUCAUUGUUCUCAAAGGGAGGUCUGUGGUUAUGAGUACAUUUGUUAAGUCAGUUGAGACUAAAAAUUUGGUUUCCAUGUAGGUCAAAGACUUUUAUCACCAAAACGAUUUUUUAAUAUUGUAAACCCAUCCAUAGAAAUACCGUAAUUUUCGGACUAUAAGGCGCACCUGACUAUAAGCCGCCACUCACCAAAUUUGACAAGGAAAUGGCAUUUGUUCAUAGAUAAGCCGCACCGGACUAAAAGCCACAGCUUUAUUAUGGGAUAUUUAUACCAAAAGAUAUUAACCGGUAGCACUUUAUUCGGCAGCGGUGUCAUAAGACCGUCAUAAUUAUCGCAUGACACGGUCAUUAAAUAUUAAUGAAUGCUUAUGACAGACGUCAUUUAGUGUCAUCCGCCAAAUUAUCUCACUUUUCAAUGGAUGUAAAAGACCUAAACUGGACAUGUAUGGAGUUUGUGACCAAAUUUGCCAGAUGACCCUUAAUGACAUCUGUCACAAGCAUUUAUUAAUGCCCAUGACACUGUCAUGUCAUAAUUAUGACGGUUUUAUAACAGUUUAAAGACGCUGCUGUCAAAUAAAGUGUUACCUAUUACCGUAUAGGCCCGAAUAUAAGACAGUGUUUUUUGCAUUGAAAUAAGACUGAAAAAGUGGGGUUCGUCUUAUAUUCGUGGGCUACACAUUAUACCCAUUCACGACGCUAGAUGGCGCCAGAUAUCAUUGAAGCGGUGUUCUGUCAUGACAGAUCUGAUCUCAGCUACUCUCAUGUUUAACCAGUUUGCAUUAUUUUAUUGCAAUGUUUUUCCUUAUUCAGAUUUGUUUCAAGACUACAGUUACCGUUAGACUUCACUUUGAUGGUUAAUGCAGUUAUUGCGAUUUUCAUUUACGAAUGUGAUUGCACUUUAGUUUACAUAUUUAAAUGUUCAGAUAUUAAAAUUUGAAUGAGGCAAAAUACCAUGCAUUUUCUCUCAAAUAAAUUGUUAAAAUCAUUUGUUUCGGAUGUAGCGUAAUUAUUUUCUGUAUAAAAAUGAAUUUUGUGUUUAAAAAGUCUGUUCUUAUUUUUUUAUUUUUUUAUUUGAGUCUUGAAAAAGGGGGUCGUCUUUUAAUCAGGGCCGUCUUAUAUUCGGAUCAAUACGGUAAUCCAAAUAAAUCUACAAAUAAACCGCACUGUACUAAAAGCCACAGGAUUCAAAAAUAGGGAAAAAAGUAGUGGCUUAUAGUUUGAAAACUACGGUAUUUGUUAUUUGGCUGCCAUUAAUGGCUAAGCAUCUAAUUUCCCAUUUGAUGACUUCCAGUCAAAUGGAUUCGACAUUUAGCGCUGUCAUUAGCAGGUAAAUUAUUGGCAAUUCGAUUAGGAUCAUCUAGUUUAAAAGUGGAUAAGACUUUUUGAAACAUUGUUGACCUAAAAAAUGUCCUUUUUUUUUUAAGCCUCUUAACUUUUUUUUUUUCCAUUUUCAUUUUGCUUCAACUCAUUUACGACCAAAGAUGUAGAAAGUUUUAUUUUUGAUGAUGAGUGGGAAAUCUUUUUGUUUGUUCAUGUAGCAACUGAACAGUUUCUCUGGCGCUCAAAAGAUCAAAGUCAUCUGAAAUGGCUAGUACAGAAGAAGAUGUCUUGUGAAAAAUGGCUGGGAGUGAAUGAGUUAAAACAAAGUACAAAACUUUUUUUUUUUUUUUUUUUUUCAUGUAAUUUUUUUUCACCAAUUCUGAUUUCAUCAAUUCAAUUCUGAUUUUUUUUAAUUUAAAAGCUAUAUGUGGUCCUUAAACAUAUUUGAUUUUUUUUUUUAAUUUAUUUUUUUUUACAUUUUUAAAAAUGUCAUUUGCAUAUAUGUUCUCUAAUUUGUAUCAGAAAUUAUACAUUAAGCAUUAGAUGCACUUCUCAUGGUAAACAAGCAUAACUAAAGUGAGAUUGAAAACAAUGUUUUUAAAUAGUUAUUUACUACAAUGAGGUCCAGAGGUGUAUAAAAUUUGACAUAUUUGGCAAUUUCGAGUUAAUAUUUAAAAAAAAAAAAUCAUUUUUGGAUUUAAUUUAACCUUAAAUACCUGCAACAUGAAGCAAUUAUCAGAGAAUCCCAAAAUUUAAAAAAUAAGGUCCUAAUGAAACCUUUUUUUCAAAUUUGUAAAAAAAAGUCGAAAUGAAUAUGUGUAAUAAGCGCUCUGAUAUCUAUAACCCUUGCUAAAUCCUGUUUGUUUUUCUCAUGGAACCUGCAGAUGCAUGUGUUGACUUGCACCCAUCUUUUUCUUUUUUUUUCUUUUUCAAAAAGAAUUGUCAAAAUUCUGAAUUAGUCUCAAAAUCAUGAAAUUUUAGGUGUAUCAAAUGUGAUAUGUUUGGCAAUAAAGGGUUAAAAAACAAAACAAGGAAGAAACAGCAAAUAUUCUUUGUUUUAAUUUUCAUUAAAAGCGCCAAAUAUUCUCCGAUUUCUGGGCUACAUAAAUGUUAUCUUAGCAAAAACGUGAUUUACUUUCACAGGCUGAUUCAUGUUGACCUGAUCUGGUCCCCCGGGGCGCCAGUUUGACCCCCUGCUCUAAAGAAUCCAGCCAAAGCAGUUUUCAUUCCAAACAAUUGUGAUUUGGAGAAGCCAAAUUUUUAGUUUGUGUGAUGUGAGCCAUGGCAGUACCACUUCGGAGCUCUGCUAAACAAUCUUGUUGUCGACAGCACGCACACAAACACACAAUUACGCACACACGUAAGGGUGAAGACGAUAAUGUGAUGGGGCAGGAUGGAUGAUUUUAAUAAAGAACAACAAAUAAAAGCAAAAACACUGUGUUGGUCUGUUCAAGGGUGUCCGGCCUGACUCGCUAACCCGUGUGAGUAUCAACUGAGCUGGCAAACUUGGCCUGAUGGGGCUUCAGGAGGCGAACUCAGGUUGCCUGCGGAUAAUCGCGCGUGACUGACGGGGACGCCUCGGCUACGUUCCAUAAGCCUCUAGUCACGCCUAGAGACGAGGCACAAGUGCGCGCACAGCUGCAAAUGAGUUGGCGGGUUGUAUUUGUGUGUGUGCAUGCAGCUGCAUUCAUCAAUAAAAUCACAGCUGAUUGGAUUAGGGGAUUGGUCACACUUCAAAGCUCAUGUCCUGGAGGAGAAAACUUCCAGAAAGUUUAGAAAGAAAUUUGCUGCUAGACUUCCCUUUGACUAAUGAAGCUAAGCUAAUAGCUAAGAGUAAAAGUGAAGUGAGCUGUAGCGUCGAGGCCACUAGAGGGCGCCAAAUAAAACGGAGAACAUUAACUUGACG